UGGUUGUGUGUCAGUUUCGCUGGGACCCGCGGUCGAUGCCGGUGAGGAGGGGGAUGGGCGCCUCGGCGAAUGUAAGGACCCGAGACAGAAUCAGAGCCCUGUAUCACAUACAGCAGCAUAUACCCCAUUAUAAAUAGCGACUGUAAAUAUACAAUACACUAAAAUAAAUGGAUUUAUCCACCGGGGAUCUAUAAUAGACAUUCAAUGGAUGCAGUGCACCUGAACAGGACAGGGAAUUUAACUUUCCGUCUAUGCGUGGGAGACACUGAGAAGUUUGUUUCCUACCCCUGGAGAGGGAGCUACUUUUAAGGGCAAAGGAUACAGGAGACUCCGAGGCCGGACUACAGGCCUACUGGGCUGGUUGGAUUUGAUGUUGGGAUACUAUAAGGACUUCCUACUGUACUUGAAUUUGCCUCGCUUAUACAAGUUUGGAAUGCCUCUUUAGGUCCCCCAUGACCGUGAGCCGUGGGCUACGGCUCGGCGGCGCCCCACCUCUGGAGUGGUCUGUUGCUCUAAUUGGGACCCUGUGAUUCCUCUUCUCACCUUUCCUCCUCCCCCCAUCCCAUCCUGUCCCUCCCCUCCCCCUCCCCUCCCUCCCCCCUCUUCCCCCUCUCCCACGCGUCGCUGUGCUGGACGUCAUGAGCAUAGUAAUUACGCUGGGAGUCACCACACCUGAAACGUCUUACUCAGAUAUGGCUGCUGGAUCAGACAGUUUUCUGUCUUCUCCACAAAGUCUGCUGGAGAGACCCGAAGAGAUGGGAAGUGCAGUCCACCAAAGACUAAACUUUCCCAGACAGAAAUAAAGGAAAUAACACCCUGAGUCAGUUGAAGCAAGCCCUGCCGUGAAUGAGAAAAACUACAACAACCACAGCUGUGGGAGCGCACAGAGUCAUGGGUAUCGGGGACUACCGUAUGCUAUGCAACAGUCUUCCGUUGUGUGUUGUCAGGAUCACAACUAUGGCGCGCCCCCUCCCCCUACCCCACCCGCCUCCCCGCUCUCCCAAACCAUCAUUCCCCGCAUGGAUCUCAACGGCGUGGUACGCAGCUCCCGCUAUCACGAAGCUAAUGAGGACAACUCAGCCGACAGCGACAGCUCCUCAGAGGAGGAUGGGGCUAUGGCCAGCUGGUGUCACUGCAGCCUGACGCCGGAUGGCCUGCUCAUCAAAUGUGACAACUGCAGGGGACUCGACAGGAGGAAAGGAGCAGAAGGUCAACACAGAAAAACAGAAAAUGUCUCAGCUGGAGAGAGCAGUGCCACAGAGAGUGGCGACGAAGAGGUGUCACCCUCCACCAUCUCCUACACUGCCACCCAGCACACGCCCACCAGCAUCAAACUUACUGUCAACCGGGUCAAAAGGAGCAAAUCCAAAAAGAGGAAGAAGAGCACGGAGAAGGCCCGUGGAACACCAAAGGGCAAGAAAGUCAAGGCUUUCAGAGAGGGUUCUAGGAAGUCCAUGAGGAUGAAGAACUCAACAACAGAGGCCAGCGUGUUGGAUGAGAACACAGCAGAAGGAUGGGAGAGCAGGAUCCGCCAGUGGACGGACCAAUAUGAGGAGGCUCUGGCCAACCAAUACAGUGCAGAUGUCCAGACACUUCUCCAGCUUCACCGCGCUGCCACCACCACCGACUCAAAGGCAGAGAGCGGCACCACAACGCCUCCUUCCACCACACAAAUCCACGCCUCCGUCGACGCCAUGGACACCAUCAACCGCACCGAGCUAGCCUGUAACAACACAGUGCUGGGCUCACAGAUGCAGCUACAGUUGGGCAGGGUAACGCGGGUUCAGAAACACAGGAAGAUCCUCCGAGCAGCCAAGAACCUGGACCCAGACACACUCAUCAUUGAAUAUCGGGGAAAGGUCAUGCUCAAACAACAGUUUGAAGUCAACGGGCACUUCUUCAAAAAACCCUACCCAUUUGUACUCUUCUACUCAAAGUUUAAUGAUGUAGAGAUGUGUGUUGAUGCGAGGACCUUUGGAAAUGACGCACGCUUUAUCAGGAGGUCCUGUACACCCAAUGCUGAGGUCCGGCAUAUGAUUGCUGAGGGCAUGAUCCAUCUGUGUAUCUAUGCCAUCAGUCAAAUCACAAAGGACGCUGAGGUCACCAUUGGAUUCGACUACGAGUUCAAUAGCUGUAAUUACAAAGUGGACUGUGCCUGCCAUAAGGGCAACCAGAACUGUCCGGUGCAGAAGCACAACCUGAGCCCCAGGGAGAGCUUGCUGAGUCCUCCCUCCCUGCCACCUCCCUCCCCUCUGGUUGGCGCCGAGACUCGACGAAGAAAAGCACGGAGGAGAGCGCUGGAGGGCUGCCUCAGUGGUGAUAGCAACCAGACCCUGGACCAGCACCAGGAGGCCAAAGAACUGCAAGGGACCAGUGAUACAGAGGAGAGACUGCUGGAUGAGGUGAAGGUGGAAGAGGGAGAGGAGGGAGAGGUGGAUGAAAACGGGGUCACCAUCUCCAGUAAAAAAACAUGUAACAGUUUGGAAAGGAGGCGGAGGAGAGUGGGAGGAACAGAGGUAAAAGAGGAGGGUGUGGAAACUGAGGACGGGGCAGGAAACCCCACAGUGAACACCCCCACACCCCAAAACACUGGGGUCAGCACACGACGCACCACCUAUGUCAUGGAAGCACCAUCUAUUGAAGAAAAGACAUCAUUACCCAACCUGCCCGCCCCAGUUGCCCCCCCUAAACCUGCACGACCCACCAAACCUCGACCCAAAAGUCGGAUCUCUCGCUACCGGUCAAGCUCAUCCCAGCGUGCCCGGCGACAGCGUCAAGCCCAUGCCCAACAGGUAGCGGCUGCUGCAGCCGCUGCCAUGGGAGCAACGCCAUCUUCAGCCGAUCAGGGUGCUGCUCUCGACGAAGAGGGCUCACAGGGUCCAUAUGGCGCUGAACAUGGCCACGGAGAGAGUGGUCUUGGGGGUCAUCUCCUAGAUGGAGAUGUCCAGGGUCUAAACUGCAUAAAUAGAGGCAACUUGCGCUACCCCAAGACCAAGAAGUACCUGGUGACAGAGUGGUUGCAUGACAAGGUCCCUGGAGGAGAGAAGGUCCACCAGGAGGUACCCGUCGAGCGCCCGCUGCGGAUAACCACUGACCCCACGGUGCUGGCCACCACCCUCAACAUGCUGCCAGGCCUCUCCCAUUCGUCGCUCAUCUGCACCACACCCAGACACUACGUCCGCUUCGGCUCCCCCUUCAACCCCGAGAGACACCGGCCCCGCCCACUCCAAAUGGAUGGCACUUAUGGCUGCUACAAGAAGAGAUGGAUAAAGCAGUUGGAGGACGAGAGCUGUUCAGCCAGUGUGGAGGAUGGCACAGAGUCCACCUCGUCCCAGCAAAGCACCAGUAGCAGAUCCACCCCUAAUCCCCUUUCCAGCGAAGUCAACGCACCGUUUAAGAAGCGCCGCUCAAAGUAUUUGGCAGGGACGACACCAACACCCUCGGACCACCUGCUCCGCCCGCUGUCACCUAUCACACCACCGCUCCCAGAGGACUCCCUCCACCCGCUGCUCCACACCCCCUGUGGCUCCCUGCUGCCCAACGGCCUGGCCUACUCACCCAUGCCCUCACUGCCCGCCAGCCGCUGCAACACACCGCUGCAAUUUGAAAACAUAUCAUCCCCGGAAGCGUCUCCUGUUCACCGGCCGGAGUCCAUCUCUCCUGAGCCAUGUCUUCAGACAGACUUUGACGUCCCUCGUCCUCAGUUCCCAGACCUGUCGCUCCCCUCCAGCCUGGAGAGCCCUGUGGCUGUGACCUCAGAUGACUUCUCCCUUCCUGGAGGCCCUUCAGGCCACGAUUCCCAGGGCCCAUCAUCUGUUGGGACCAGUUCCCUAAACCCAGCGUCCUGUCCUUCCUCAGACCUAACCCCCCAAAACAGGGAGCAGGCCUUCAAGACAGAGUUCAACCUCAUAUACACCUGCUCCCCCCUCAAUGCAAACCUGGGGAACCCCGUGGCCACCGACCGCCACCUCUCCCAGUCAGAAGGCGGCUUCUCUCCAGCAGAGUCCUUCCACAGUUCCAUAAGCGGCCAGGGGCUGCUGGGAGACGUGGGUACCGGCUCCAUGUCGCCCUAUGGUGAGCCUCAUUAUGGGGGAAGCUACCCGGAUAGUGGCACACCUCCUCACACCAGCAACCCACCUCAAAAGAAGAAGAGGGCCAACCAGCAUACCAUUAGUCUGCUGACAGGGAAGCCAGAUUACCAGGCUAUAGCUGUAAGAAGUGAAUACAAGCCAGUACAAAAUAUGGUGUCAUUGCUGGAGUACCGUAAGAGGAAGCAGGGAAGCGGUCGCGACUCGGAGCAGGUCGGGAGCAGCUCGUCUCUGGGUGGCACCCCCACCCGGCCUGGCUCUCACUACAGCCAGGACUCCCAUCAACCCCAUUCCCAUCAGCAGAUGUAUCCCCCGGCUUCCCCACACAGCUCCUUCUCUUCCUCAACGCACGCCUCCAUCCCGCAGAUAGAGGAGGUCAGUCCUCCAGACCACCAGGGCUCGUCAGUUCAGUCCAGACGCCAGGACAGCAACAACCAGUGGAUGGUUCCAACUACUGUUGAACGUCUAAGGGAAGGUCAGGGGGUUCUGGAGCGAGUGCUAAGAAGCAUCAAGAUGGAGCGGAAUUACAAGAGAAGUGAUGGCUCAGCAGAGAAGGAAUCUGAUGCAGAUCGAUAUGAGAUGCAGGCAGCGGCCAUGGCUUCUCCCAUGAAGAGUCCACAAAGAUACAGUCCCUCUGUGUACUCACAUCAGUCAUCAGAAAGUCACCGGCAGACCGACAGCCCGUCGUUCAUCCAGCAAACCUCCAACUCUCCAUUCCGGGGUUCCUACAGUCCCUCAUCGGGCCAGAGCUUCUACCCACGCCUCUCCUCCUCUCACCCAGGACUGUCCCAGGACCACCCUCCAUCCUCCUACCCCAGUCACACCACCAAUCCCGCCUCCUCCUCCUCAGACUCCAAGCUGCCAGUGGGCUCUCUACACCAGCAGAGUGGCAGCAGUAACGUGGACGGUGGCCACGGCUACGGCAACAGCCACUUAAAAGCGAGCCUUUUGAACAGCAGCGGCCUGCCGGGGACUCCCGCCCCGGGACCCAGGGCCCACGGGCAGACUAAAAUAGACUCGGGUGCCCAGGCCUCCAGAGGGAGCCAGCAGGCAUCUCGCAGCCUGAAGUCGGGUAGCCCGGGCCAGACAGCGCUGCAGGCAGGCUCCAGGUUGUUGUCGGCCUCUGGACCGACACACUACCCACAGCGAGGGUCAAGCCUCAGUCAGUUCCAGCACUCACCGCUCCAGGGACCCGGAGUAAGGACACAGUCAGGAAGCUUUUAGGACCUUGUUCAAGUGUGUGCGUAUGUGCGAGUGUGUGCGUGUGAGUGUGUAUGAAGCUGCGUACCUCCUCAACCCCUGCGGUGAAAUGGGGCUCAGGGAGUUUGGGGAGGGGAAAUGUACAGACCUAAGAGGAGCAAGGACUUCUUUACGGAUUUCUCCUUUUCUUAUUUUCUGUCUUUUCUUUCUUUAUUUACAGAAAAACAAAACAAAUUACCACAUUCUGCACAAAGCUAAUCAUUGACUUUGGACAUCAUUACGGAAUCAGUGGAAAAACCAAUUUGGAUGACACAUUCUGAAAAGAAUAACCAAGAAAUCACAUGUAACUUGAAAUUGUCCCCAGUGUUUCCUCAUGUGCCGGACUGUGCAAACAGGCUCUGUAAUGUCGGAAAGUAAAAACUUCCACACAAAUGUCUGUACAAAGUUAUAAAAAGCUGUACCUGUCGUCAUGGUACCCAGGUUGGAUAAAUGCUGAGAUGCAUAUGUAACUGAAAGCAAGAGUUUUAUUUUCUUUUUUUUUUUUUUUUUUUUGUCGUUACUUCUUUGAUUUGGCAAGUGGCCGAGUCUGUGCUGCAGUAAAUAAGUGUUUGAUUUGGAAAGAGGGGGAAACGAUGCAAGUGAAGGCGACAUGUUAAUCAUCCGUUCUAAAGAUGCAUUAGAGAGGCGGGGAGGAGGGGUCCUCCCUGGAUAGGAUCAUUCCAUGUGAUUACCAGUUUCCGUGUUCUCUCACUAAACAUGAAAACAGCCCUUUUUUUUCCUCCGUCUGUUCCAAUGUUCUGUUGUUUUGGGUUCUCUUCUGUUCUCUCAUCCCCACUGGACUGUUUUGAUUUCACAUUAGGACUACUUCACUGUAGACUUCUGAUAUUGUACUUGAGACAUACAGGUCUUAUGAUUCAUGGUGCUGCAUUCUUGUUUUUUUCCAAUAAAUUUGAAAUCCAGUUAUGUUCCCCACAUUUGGCUGCAUUCAUCUUGUCAUUAUAUCAGUUGGAACCAGUUUUCCAAAUUCAUACUUAUUAUAUAUUCUAGAGUGGGAUGCAGGAACAAAAUAAGAGGUGAAUAAUCCAAUGUAAUUUCUAAGAUAAAAUGUUGGCUUUUAUCCUGCAGGAUUUCUUUAAAUAUAUGUUUGUUUGUUUUUCCCUGACCAAUCCUUGCAUUCCGUGUGACACCGAGGGAAAACCAGGGAAGGGAUCUCUGAGGGAGUAUUUGGAUUGUUUAUAAAACCUAGGUUUAAAAAAAAAAAAAGCUGCUAUGUUCUCCUGUGAGAGCUGCUUCCCUUUCCACAGAAUGCUGUAUUUUUAUUUUUCCUUUUAACUCACAAACUGACUUGUAAUAAAGAGACAGUUCUCCUGACCGCCACAGUGGGACCUCAAACCGACGUUAAGCUGACAGCUGGGCGGCAGCAGGAGUCGCCCUCUCCUCCCUCUGAGACUUUUAUUUUGGACCGUAUGUGGAAACAAAACGUCUGCGUUCGUGUGGGAAAGCUUUGAGGACCGAGGGCCCGGUCAUGAGACUGGACCCCACCCGCCACUACACCCACCACACCUCCUCCCCUCAGUCCGCAAACACACAGAAGGGUACUCGUGUUACAUGAAUGUUUGACAAAUUGAAAAAAAUAAAGUUGUGACCCAAAAUUAACCAGCACCUUAAAAUGAAAGAAAUACAACCUAAAAGACACAAUAGGACAAUAUGUAUGAUUAUGUGUACUUGUAUAGAAAGAAAUGUGAUAUAGACUUGUAUGGAGAAAAUAUAGUACACUGAAUUUAUCGCAUGAUAUUUGUUUUUAGGGUCCGAGUGACCAACUCUGUCAGAUGGUUGGAAGCUGAUCAUUGGGUCUGUUCCUGGGUUCCUCCAAAAACCAGACGCUGCAUUCUCUUUUUGUUUUGUAAAGAUCAUUCUGUUGGUUUGGAUUUAUUUUUACACAGAUCAUAGUAGUAACUAUUUCAAUUGUUCCCCUCCAAAAGGUUUAAGAAGCAAGAGAUGUAAUGCUUUUUGAUAAUAAAAUAAUCAUGAUGGUAAUGUAUUUUGAAAACUACCAUUGUGAUGUGUCAUUUGA